AUGGUCGGUUUUCAGGAUCUACCCGUCGAGCUCGCAGUGGCGAUCAUGAAAUAUGUCGAUACACCACAGGAUAUUUACGCCAUGACUCACGCCCAUCCUUGGUUAUUACACUGCUUUCUCGACAACAGGAAGCAAGUGAUGACGCCGCAUACGACUAAGAUCUUGGAAUUUUGUGGGGGUCCUGUCUCAACUGCCUACUUGCUUGCGGCUCGACUCCGCCAUGCCAAGCAGGACCCCGGGUUUAAUGAUCCCAGGCCACCGCAUCGUGAAUUCAUCAUUAAGUGGAUUCUGUGGUCUUGUAUCAACAGCAGCAAUACUCAUCAUCACGUGUCCCAUCGCGUCUCGCUGGCGGCCAUCUGCGCACUGUCGACUCUAGCCACCGAUGUUGGAUGGCUAACGACGAGCUAUAUCUCCCAGGCGCGGGAGGAAUUAUUUGGACAUCAUAGGCGCCCAGAAGACUGGCCCGUCGUUUCUUCCGAGGAGCGCCUGAGGUUCGUCAACGCCGCCUGUCGGUUCGAGAGCUACGUCCAAGCCUUCUUCCACGUUGGGCAACCCCUAUUUCCGAGGGACCUAGACAUUCGUUACCAUCUCUUUUCUCCGGGUGUUUGUGGUGCCAAAGGUGUGUGCUGGGCCACGGAAACUUUCUACUCAAUUGCCUAUUACAUUUACGAUCAACAUUGCACCAUGAUGCAAAACACAAUGAGCUCUCUGAAGGCAAGCGAAACAUGCCUUUUUAGUGGCAGGUCUCAAGACCGGCGAAAAUCACGACUCCAAAACUGCAAACAAAUCGAGGUGAACAAGUACGUACACUACCUCACAACGCAAGGGCUGGGCAUGCUCCUCCAGCUUCAGAGCAUGGCGCUUCAAGAUCAGGUACGGUUUGUACUGUGGACAUUUGAAAGCGUUCUGGACAGUCCACACCCCAACAUUCUCAUGGUUCAAGGUAUUGGGCUUUCCAGGAUUGGGACAGUAGAGAAGCACAGCUGGAAUCCAUGGGUAGGUUGUGAUGGCGUUUUCGAAAUUACGCCUGACCAAUGGAAAUGGGCACAAUCAUUCUGGGAUGCUGAGCGGCACCUUCUCAUAUAG